CAUUUACACCUAUCCCCCAAGGAGUGGCUACAUACUCCACGCCACCCUUCGUCUCGUCCUCCUCUUCGGUUUCCAUGGAGAAAAGCCGGGUGCUUGUCGUGGGCGGCACGGGUUACAUCGGCCGCCGGAUCGUGCGGGCGAGCCUGGCGCAGGGGCACCCCACGCUCGUCCUGAUACGGCCGGAGGUCGGCCUGGACAUCGACAAGCUCCAGAUGCUGCUGUCCUUCAAGGCCCAGGGCGCGCGCCUCGUGGAGGCGUCGCUGGACGACCACGCCGCGCUCGUUGCUGCCGUGGCGCAGGCCGACGUGGUGGUCUCGGCCAUGUCCGGGGCGCACAACCGGAGCCACAACAUACACUUGCAGCACAAGCUCGUCGAGGCUAUCAAGGAAGCAGGGAACGUCAAGCGUUUCAUACCAUCGGAAUUUGGCGUGGACCCAUCGAGGAUGAGGCACGCUCUUGAACCAGGAAGGGUUACAUUUGAUGACAAGAUGGAGAUAAGAAGGGCAAUAGAAGAGGCGAACAUUCCCCACACCUAUGUUUCUGCUAAUUUCUUUGCUGCUUACUUUUGUCCUAACCUCUGUCAAAUGCGCACCCUUGUGCCACCCAAAGAGAAAGUUCAUGUAUAUGGAGACGGCAACGUCAAAGCGAUAUUUGUGGAUGAAGAUGAUAUUGCAACAUAUACAAUUAAGUCUGUUGAUGAUCCACGCACCUUGAACAAGACAAUAUACAUAAGACCACAAGAAAACAUCCUCACUCAAAAUGAAGUGAUAGCAAAAUGGGAAAAGCUCUCCGGAAAAGUUCUAGAGAAAGUCCACAUUCCUGCAGAUGAAUUCUUGGCUUCGAUGAAAGGUACUGACCUUGCCAAUCAAGUCGGAGUGACCCACUUCUACCACUUUUUCUACGAAGGUUGCUUAGCAAACUUUGAAAUAGGGGAGGAUGGAGUAGAGGCUACUCUGCUGUACCCAGAGGUUGAGUACACCCGCAUGGACGAGUACAUGAAGAUAUAUUUGUAAUGGUAAAAUUUGAAAAUUUGUUGUGGGUCUGUCUUAACAUAUCAUUAUCCAUAGACACCAUGUGUUUGAAUUAUUUUGUAUUGCAUUAUGUAUUGACAACCAAUACUACUUCCUGUAUUACGCUCUCCCGUCCAUAAUGAUAAUAUAUGGAUCAAUAAAGAUGAGAGGCCCGAUUACUUCUGUUCUUAA